AGUUUACAUCACAAUUCACAUCCACAGAUUUAUUUAAUUCAUUCUUUCAAAUUACCUAUUGUCAAUUUCAAUUGUGUUUCCAAUUUAUUUUAUUAACAAUUACGUACAAUGUUCAUGUUAUUAUUAAAGAAAGACGAUCAACUUGCUUUAAUAAUUCAGAAGCCAGUCUUGUAUAAGGUGCAUUGUACAUCUUGCCAGUAACAACAAUGACUAUACCAUUACCAAUACCACCGUGUGCGAACAGGGACGGCUUGAGCGGCCUAAGUUGUGAGCGAUUUGAGUACGCAAGUACCAUGGCUACUACGUUAUUAGCACCGGUUAAAACCGAACGUCAGAUACUGGAGCACUCUAUGUCUGAAGACGAUCCGAAUGCAAACACUCAACUACCUAGUGAGGUAGGAGAGCAGCCCCGUUGGGGACCGCGCCACCGGGGCGCUCAGGAGCUUGCAGAACUUUAUAGCCCAGGAAAACGGCUGCAGGAGUGGGUAUGUGUAGUAGUCUGUUGCACAUUGUGUGCUUGUGCAGGCUUUCUCAUGGCAAGAUAUAUCCAUGCAGACGCUUCUCUAUUACUGGCAGCCAUAGCUGGUGUAUUGACAGCAGAUUUUGCUUCAGGGGUUGUCCACUGGGCUGCUGAUACUUGGGGAGCCGUUGAUCUUCCUAUUAUAGGCAAGAAUUUUAUACGACCUUUUCGUGAGCAUCACAUUGAUCCCACGUCAAUCACGCGACAUGAUUUUGUUGAAACAAAUGGUGACAACUUUGCUAUCACCAUACCUGUUCUAGCGAGAAUAGUGUGGCAGCUGCUUAUGUAUGACGUUUUCACAAUACAAGAGCAAUUCCAUUGGAUUGCAUAUUGGUAUUUGUGCUGUAUAUUUGUGGCAAUGACAAAUCAGAUCCACAAAUGGUCGCACACGUACUUCGGCCUGCCCGCGUGGGUGGUGUGGCUGCAGGAGUGGCACGUGGUGCUGCCGCGGCGCCACCACCGCAUCCACCACGUCGCGCCGCACGAGACUUACUUUUGCAUCACUACAGGUUGGCUCAAUUGGCCCUUGGAGAAGUUGCACUUUUGGUCCACACUCGAGAUGAUCAUAGAAGCGUUGACCGGCUGCAAGCCGCGCGCCGACGACAUGAAGUGGGCCCAGAAACGUUCCUAGAACUGACUCUGUCCAGUAAAAAUAACUUUUAUACUAUUUAUUGCAGCUAGUUUAUAAACUGUUGAUAGAUUAAUAACAACAAUAAUUAUUUGCUAAAAUGAAGUGUCUUGCUAAGAGUUAUAUUUAUCUAUUGCUUUAAGAAAAAGUGUGAUAAAAGCUAUGUAUAUUUAAGAUUGAUAUAGGCAAUCUGUUUUUGAAAUAUUUUGCAUUUUUCAUAAGACUAUUUAGAUUUUGGUGGACAAAAUAAAAUAUUACCUACCUACUUUUUAAGCCAUCGUCUCUAUUUCGUAUUAAUAUUCCAUCUAUAAAAACCAGUCCAGUCCAUAGACGUUUAUAAUCAUGGGGUUAGAUAUUUGUCAAUUAAUUCAAGAUACAUAAAAUAUUUAUUAUUUGGUGUAUCUAAGCCACGGAACAUGUAAAACGGUAAAGCAAACGCUUUAUGUAAGCUGAGGAUUUAAAACCCAAUUUAUCCUCUCCCAAAGAGACAUCGAAACGCCACAGCUAUGUAUUUUUACCUUAAAAUAAUAAAAUGUAAGCUUAUAAGUACGGGAUAUCCCGUAAAUAGCACGACUUACUCUCUAGGUUGAUACUCAUAGGUAAAAUUUACGGUUUUCAAGUUAUAAUGAUUUAUCUACAGUGCAAUGUAGUCGUAUGUGUUGGAAAGUUACAUACGCAUUUAUUUUCUACACGGAAACUAUUUUUAAACUAGCGGGCGCCCGCGACUUCAUCCGCCCUUAGACCUCUUUAAUCCAGCCCUUACAGUAGUAUCGCUGUAAAAAUGGAGUAACUUCUCCCGUUUUCCCAACAUUUCCCUUCACUGCUCUGCUCCUAUUGAUCGUAGCGUGAUGAAAAGUAUACUAUAACCUGCCCAGGAGUAUGAAGAAUUGAACCAAGUAUCGUUGAAAUCCGUUGAGUAGUUUUUGUUUCUUUAACGAACGUAGGUAGGUACAUACAGACGAAAAUUUUACUGAUUGCAUUUUUGGCAUCAGUAUCGAUCACUAAUCACCCCCUGAUUUAUUUUGGAAAUAUAUUUUAUGUACAGAAUUGACCUCUCUACAGAUUUAUUAUAUGUAUAGGUAGUUGUUUUAACUAAUGAAACUUUAUUUUUUUGCUAAAUUGUCUUCUUAAUAUUAAGGUAUUUUGUAUAACAUCGAUAUUAAAUUGAAAACCGUAAAAUCUCGACUAGCAUGUUUCGAUAUUUUAGUAGGCCUUGAUUUCAGCUAUCAACCUGUAGAGUAUGUCAUGCUAUUUUACGGGAAAUCCUGUAAGUAUAUGUCACAUAAUGUCGGGAAAUAAUCAUCGUGAAGUCUAUUUGGAUUAUGGCUUCUUAAUAAUGUUGUCCCAGUAUAGAUUCAUAGGACGCAUGGCUACUAAAAACCUACCUACGUAGCUACGCAAAAAUUUUCUAAAGAUUCGCCUUAAAUACUUUGCUAAUAAAGUAGUAUUAAGAAAAAAAUGAAAAUAUUAUGCACAGAGAGUUUUGAUUUUACCACGCUCGACUAAUACUAUAUUAUUUUAUUUAGGAUGUGAUAUAUUAUGUGAUAAUAAGUGGACAUUAAAAUUAUUUCUACCGAAUGGUUUAUUAUAUUAAGCUUUUGUAAGUGUGUAAGAUUUUCUAUUCGACGUGAACACAAUAACAACUGAAAUAUAUGAGACUCGAUGUCUUAUUAUUAUACAAUUUUUUUUUAAUAUUUUUUGACCGUUUUAGAGAAUAAUACAUAGGUAUAUACAUUCCCAUGGCAAUAUUUAUUAUUCUGAUUACAUAGGGAAAUAAUGUACAAUACUAAUAGGUAAUAAAAAUAUUUUGAAAUUUUGCACACUAUUGGCAUUUUUUAUUAAAUCAAUUUUGUAUAACGAGUGCAUAAUGUAUUAAAAUAAUAUAAGCAGACGAGGCGACAAUAAUUGUUACCGCCUUUGUAUUAGACGUGAUCGGUCUUACAAUAUUAUAAAAGCUGAUUUUUAUAAUUUAUUACAAUAAUAUUAUAUGUACCAACCUACAAAAAGUUGAUGGCUUUAAUUAAAAAUAAUUUCAUCUCUAAAGUAUUAUUUAUCAUAUCAAUUGAAUACAGUUUUAAGUUA